CGUCAAGGGCACAGGAAACUGAUGUUAGCGGUGGAUUCACGCUGCAGCUCCUGUACACACGUGUUUAUUAAGAGAACCGGUUGAAAGCAAUGGACGGGUUCGGGUCAGACUUCGCUGCCGGCGGCUCGGGAGGCAAAGUGGACCCCGGCGCCAUCAUGGAGCAGGUCAAGGUCCAGAUCGCUGUGGCCAACGCUCAGGAGCUGCUGCAGAGAAUGACAGACAAAUGCUUCAAGAAGUGUAUAGGGAAACCUGGGAGCUCACUGGACAACUCUGAGCAGAAAUGUAUUGCCAUGUGUAUGGACCGGUAUAUGGAUGCCUGGAACACUGUGUCCCGAACAUACAACUCCAGAUUACAGAAAGAAAGAGCUCGCAUGUGAACAUCCCUCUCUUCACCCUUCCCUUCCUCAGACUGCUGCUUUACAGUGUGGAGGAGCACAGUGCACAUGUGUGUGUCAUGGCAGCAGCACAUCUACACUAUCGGUCAUCAUACCUCACAGACAGGCAGGGACAGCCUGCGGACUCUAGCCAUAACAACAUCUCUCUGGACGUUUUCAUUUUGCCUUGAGGAACAGUUCAAGAUCAACGUUUGUUUCAUUACGUUUUUAUGUUAUAACUAAUAAAUCUUCUGGUUCAAAAGCAAACGUGCACUGGUCAAAGCUGCAGUGUGGACGAGUGAAUCAGAAUCUCUGACUUUCUAGUGAGCAUGAGUUUGAAUGUGUUUGUCUUUACAUGUCAGCUCGGUGUCCUGUGCAGGUUGUACUCAACCUAUUGCACAGUGCAUGCUGGGAUAUGCUCUGGCCAGCAAUGCUCAUGAAUGGGAUAAGCAAUUUAAAAGUAUGAAGUUGAAAUGUGGCAGUUAAAUAAUUCAACUGCCUUUGUUGUUUGGCAUAUUUAUAACAGUGCAACACUUGGGCUUCAAUAAAAACACGUCACACAUUCA